AUGGCGAGUCCGGCUACUGCUGCUCCCCGCAGAACGGCUAUUGUGACGGGGUCGGCACGAGGAAUAGGAAAAGCAAUCGCCCUUCGCCUCGCCCAGGACGGCUACUCCGUCUGCAUCAACGACAUUGCCGCUCUCGCCGACGACAUUAACAACGUCGUCAAUGAGAUCAACAACAGCAGCAGCGGAACGACCCGCGCCAUCGGCGUCGUCGCAGACGUCACCAAGGCCAGCGAGGUCGAGGCCAUGAUCAAGCAGACCGUCGAGCAGCUGGGCCCGCUAACUCUCAUGGUGGCCAACGCCGGUAUCGCGCAGAUCAAGCCCCUGCUCGACGUCACCGAGGCCGAUAUCGACCAGGUCUUCGACGUCAACUUCAAGGGCGUCUUCAACUGCUACACGCUCGCCGCCAAGCAGAUGAUCGCCCAGGGCGACCCGCAGCCGGCGGCUGGCGUGGGCGUGUACAAGAUUGUCGGCGCGGCCUCCAUCGUCGGCUUCAAGGCCUUUGCUACCCUGGGCAUCUACUCGGCCAGCAAGUGGGCCGUCCGCGGCCUGACCCAGGCCCUUGCCAUGGAGCUUGCGCCGCACAAGAUCACCGUCAACACGUACGCGCCGGGCAUCGUCGGCACGAACAUGUGGGACCAGAUCGACGAGGCCCUCGGCAAGUUGCAUGGCAGGCCCAAGGGCGAGAGUAUCAAGCAGUACAGCCAGCAGCUGAUUACGCUGGGCAGGACAAGUGUUCCCGAGGAUGUGGCCGGCUUGGUUGGUGGUUUCCUGGCCAGUAAGGAUUCGGACUAUGUGACUGGACAGACGAUGUUGGUGGAUGGAGGCAUCAUCUUUAAUUAG